CGCUCUCUCUCCGCCUUGCCUGAGCUCUAAGUAGUGGCCGCCGCAGCACCGCUCGUCCUCUCCAGUCUCCACCGCACGGCCUCGGUCUGCUCCUUUCAUCUCUCCAGUCUGCGCGUUGCUUUCUGUUCUUCGUGUGUGCUGUAUGCCUCGUGUUCGGUUGAAAAUCAAAAUUGGCUGCGUUAUUUAAUGAAGUAUGAAGAUUUUCUAUGAUUGCAGCAACUGGGUCUUGACUACAAUAUGCUGAAAUGUCUUGGCCCAAAACCAAGCACAAUCCUUACCAUCUUACAAGGGUGCAAUAAUAUCAAAAGGCUUAAAAAGAUCCAUGCCCAUGUCAUCAUUAGUGGACUCCAGCACCAUGUUACUAUUUCCAACAGACUCUUGAACUUCUGUGCUGUCUCAGUCACAGGUUCCAUGUCUUAUGCUCAACAUCUGUUCCAUCAUAUGGACAACCCUUCAACUGAAGCAUGGAACUCCAUUAUCAGAGGCUUUGCACAGGGCUCGUCACCUCACCAAGCACUUCUUUACUACAACGCCAUGAUUUCUGCUUCAGUUUCUCAACCUAACGGCUAUAUUUUCUCAUUUGUUCUCAAGGCUUGUGAGAAGACUAAGGAUGAAAAGAAAUGUAGAGAAGUUCAUGGAUCUAUAAUCCGACGAGGGUAUGAGAGAGAUAUUGUUGUUUGUACUAAUCUGAUGAGAUCAUACGCAGGGAAUGAAUUGAUUGAGGGGGCACGAAGAGUUUUUGAUGAUAUGUCUGACAGAGAUUUGGUUUCUUGGAAUUGUAUGAUAUCGUGCUAUUCUCAAGCAGGUUUUCAUCAAGAUGCUUUGACAUUGUACAAUCAAAUGCGGGAAAAAAAUGUUGGCUUGGAUGGGUUUACACUUGUUGGCUUGGCUGCAUCAUGUGCUCAUAUUGGAGCUUUAAAUGUUGGGAUUCAAAUGCACAAAAUUGCUCGUAAAAAGGGUUUUAUGUAUGACAUUUAUGUUGCCAACGCUCUUAUUGAUAUGUACGCAAAAUGUGGAAGCUUAGACAAUGCACUUUCUAUCUUCAACAAGAUGAAGAAGAAGGAUGUGUUUACUUGGAACUCGAUGAUUGUUGGCUACGGAGUUCAUGGUCACGGAGAUAAAGCAAUAUCACUUUUUAAGCAGAUGUUGAUGGCUGGAAUCCAGCCGAACUCUAUCACAUUUCUUGGUUUAUUAUGUGGAUGUAGUCACCAGGGUUUAGUCCAGGAGGGUAUUCGAUAUUUCCACUUGAUGAGCUCCGACUUCAAGCUGAAACCCGAAGUCAAGCAUUACGGUUGCAUGGUGGAUCUUUUUGGACGAGCGGGAAAACUUGAUGAGGCACUUAAGCUUAUAAAAUCUUCUUUCUUUGAUGCUCCGGUGCUUUGGCGCACAUUACUCAGCUCUUGCAAAAUUCAUAGAAAUGUGAUGAUUGGUGAAAUUGCCAUGAACAAUCUGGUCCGACUUGGGAUGUCAAAUGCUGGUGAUUAUCUGCUAAUGGCCACAUUAUACGCUGGAGCUAAGGAUACAGAAGGGAUCGCACGGAUGAGAAAACUUAUGCAAAGCCAAGGAAUAAAGACCACCGUGGCCUGGAGCUGGAUUGAGGUUGAAGAUCAAAUUUACAAGUUUCUUGUGAAUGAUAAUUCACACCCUGAGUCUGACAACAUUUAUGCCAAACUAGAGGACAUUAUUCAUCAGGCUGCCUUAUUUGGCUAUGUACAAGAGGAAGAGGUUAUGGGCACAUAUCCUUUAUUUAGUACUGAAAUGAGUUUGGGGAGUUCAAGUUCUAAACAUAGUGAGAAGUUGGCAAUUGCCUUUGGGUUGAUAAAAACACCAGCCAAAUCAUGUUUACGAAUAAUGAAGAAUUUGAGGGUUUGUAAUGAUUGUCAUACGUUUAUAAAAUAUAUUUCUAAAGCAUUUGAUCGGGAAAUUAUUGUUAGGGAUAGAGUCAGGUUUCAUCACUUCAGUAAUGGAUCAUGUUCAUGUGGAGACUAUUGGUGAAAAGUCAUAUUUAUCUUCAAAGCCUCUUAAUUAUUUUAUCCACUUUUAUGACAUGGUUUUAUAAUUACUGAGAUGCUGAACUUCAGCUUUGCAC